AUUUCUGCAGAAAACCGCUCAACGUUGAGCAGCGCUGAAGCGAGUUGCGUCAUGACGCAGAGUGACGUGGCAUGCGUUCAUUUGAAUAAUCCGUGUAGUGGCAGCGCGAUACACGCAGCAGAGCAGACUCAACCCGCACGGACCCGCAGCAGAACAACCCGCCAUGAACCGCAUGAAGAGUCUGAUGAGAGGCGUGGGCAGAGUGACGCCCGCCCUGACCCGCGCAGUGCAUUCUGGGACACGCACGUCGUCCUCCGCGGCCUCUAGAGUGAAACACAAGGAGUGUAAGCUGACGCCAGAGGAGGUGUUCGCUCGCGAGGAUCGUUACGGUGCUCACAACUACCACCCGCUGCCCGUGGCCCUGGAGCGUGGAGAGGGGGUUCACCUGUGGGACGUGGAGGGCCGCCGGUACUUCGACUUCUUGAGCGCGUACAGCGCUGUAAACCAGGGUCACUGUCACCCGAAGAUCAUCUCCGCGCUGACGGCGCAGGCCUCCAGACUCACGCUCACAUCCAGAGCCUUUUACAACGACCAGCUGGGCGCCUACGAGGAGUACAUCACCGGCCUGUUCGGGUUCGACAAGGUGCUGCCCAUGAACACAGGUGUGGAGGGCGGAGAGACGGCCUGUAAACUCGCCCGUAAGUGGGCUUACUCUGUCAAGGGCGUCCCGAAGAAUGAGGCCAAGAUCGUUUUCGCAAUGGGGAAUUUCUGGGGCCGUACGCUGGCUGCGAUCUCCAGCUCCACAGACCCCAGCAGCUCCGAGGGGUUCGGCCCGUUCAUGCCCGGGUUCCAGCUGGUCCCGUAUAAUGACAUCACUGCACUGGAGAAAGCGCUGCAGGAUCCACACGUGGCUGCGUUCAUGGUGGAGCCCAUCCAGGGUGAGGCGGGUGUCGUCGUUCCUGAUGCUGGUUACCUCACUAAAGUCCGGGAACUGUGCACUAAACACAAUGUUCUGUUCAUCGCGGAUGAGGUUCAGACCGGUCUGGCCCGCACCGGCCGCCGAUUGGCUGUGGAUCAUGAGGACGUGAGACCAGAUGUGGUGGUUCUGGGUAAAGCUCUGUCAGGAGGAGUGUAUCCCGUGUCUGCUGUUCUGUGUGAUGAUGAGGUGAUGUUGACCAUCAAACCCGGAGAACACGGAUCCACGUAUGGAGGAAACCCUCUGGCCUGCCGCGUCGCCAUCGCUGCUCUGGAGGUUAUGGAGGAGGAGGGUUUGGCUGCUAACGCUGAUCGGAUGGGUCAGAUCCUGCGAGCCGAACUCAACAAACUCCCCCGAGAGAUCGUGAGCGGCGUUCGUGGGAAAGGCCUCCUAAACGCCAUCAUCAUCAACGAGACCAAAGACUAUGAUGCGUGGCGGGUGUGUCUGCGUCUCCGUGACAACGGCCUGCUAGCAAAGCCCACGCAUGGUGACAUCAUCAGACUGGCUCCGCCCCUCGUUAUAAACGAAGACGAGGUCAGGGAGUGUGUGGACAUCAUCAGCAGGACCGUCAUGUCGUUUUAAGCCCUCUUCAUCAUCAUCCUCCUCCUCCUCAUCUGAGCUGUAGUUGUCUGAUUUUAGCGCUCAUGUUUUAGCUGUUACAGUCGGGUCGAGCCCGGACUCUCUCCGCACGGUUUUC